AUGAAGCCCACUUCCCUCUUUCUGGCGCCAAUCGUCAUUCUGGCGGGGGAGGACUACUUUGUCGCGACGUCGACGUUCGAGUACUUCCCUGACCAUCCCAUCUAUCACAGCAAGAACUUGGUCGACUGGGAACUCAUCGGACACGCGCUCAAUCGUCCUUCUCAGCUCAGUCUCUUUGGAACGCCUACUGAUGCCGGUUUAUGGGCACCUGGAUUGAGAUACAACAACGGCACCUUCUACCUUGUCGCCACCGCGCGGCAUGCGUAUACAAACGAGUAUAGACUGUUCCCAAGGUCGUUCUAUGUGACAACAAAUGAUAUCUUUAAGGGAGAGUGGAGCGAUCCUAUAUACUUUAACUCGCUUGGAUACGAUGCAGACCUCUUCUUCGAUGAUAAUGGCGAUGUGUACAAUACGUGGUGCGGUAUCAAUAACGCGGUGGACAAAAUAUACGGGAUUCAUCAGAACAAGAUCGACAUUGCGACUGGCAAUUCUUUGACGCCCGACGAGCUCAUCUUCAGUGGCACGCUGCCUCUGAACUCGUCGUCACGUCCAGAAGGCCCGCAUGUCUACCUCAUCAAUGGGACUUACUAUCUGCUCAUUGCCGAGGGCGGAACCGACCAGCACCAUAGGGCAACGAUCCAACGAGGGCCUUCGCCAUCUGGGCCAUGGGAGAACAACCCAAAGAACCCCAUCCUGUUCAACGGCGCGGAUCCGACCUUGCCUGUGCAAAGGACUGGCCAUGCGGAUUUCGUCGAGGGAGCGGACGGUUCUUGGUGGGGAGUGGCUCUAGGAGGGCGGCCGCAAGGCGGCAACGAUAGUCACAUUCAGCUGGGUCGAGAGUCAUACCUCUUCCCUGUUUCUUGGGAAGACGGUUGGCCGGUGUUCAACAACGGCGAUCCCAUCAGCGAGCAUAUCGAGGGCGUCCUCGACGACAAAUCGCCCCUCACCAACUACACGAACGACUUCGACACCGACCCCCUCGACAAGACCUUCUACUACGUCCGGACGCCGUACAAGCCUUUCCACUCCCUCACCGCACGGCCUGGAUAUCUCAGGCUGAAUGCCAAUGCCUACGCUCCCGGAGACCGCGACAGCGCGGCACUCCUGCUGCGCAAGCAGACGAGUUAUAACGAAGUCUUCGAGACGGAGCUCGACUUCCGGCCGACGGAUAAUUUGACGGAGGCGGGCAUCAGUGUCUACUACGGGGAUCAGCUGCAUAACGAGAUUGCGAUUACCGGGAACCCCGGUGGUGGCGAGGGCAGGUUCAUCAAAGUGAGAACUAUUGUGCAAGCGGAGCAGGUUGAUCCGUGGUCUCUGACCUACACGAAUAAUACCAUAACGACGGUUCAAUACUAUCCGCUCUCGACCUCCGAGGGGCCAGUAAAGCUGACCGCCAUCGGCAAGCCUACCGAGUAUACACUUGGGUACGCCGAAGCGAAUGAGGACUGGGUAUACCCUGUUACCUUCGACAGCGCUGCUAUCAGCGUCCCUCCCUUUGGAGGUUUCUUCUUCAAAGGCGCCGCCUUCGGAAUAUACAGCACGGGCAACGGGCGUUCAAGCUUAGUCCCCGCGGACUUCACGUACUGGAAGCAGACUCCUUUCGUGGCUACGUGA